CUCCCUCCCGCGAAACGACCAUUUCUUCUCCUCCAAAAAAACAGCAACCAAACACCACCAGAAAGAAAAACAACAUGUCGUUUCUCGCUCCGCAUUCGGAUCUUCGUUCCCUGACGGCGAAUCGUGGUACUGACCGUUGGUGUUUCAGCCAAAUCACAUGGCCCGACCCGAAACCCCAGCUGUUCCGGGUCUCUGCUCGUCAGAGUCCGGCGGCAAAUGGCAUCGCUUUGGAUUUGAAGAAGAGAAAGGACCCGCGGUGGUCGGUUUGUACCGCCGACGAGCUUCACUAUGUCUCUGUUCCAAAAUCCGAUUGGAGCCUCGCUCUCUGGCGCUACCUUCCCUCUCCUCAGGCGGAGCCAAGGAAUCAUCCGCUGCUGCUGCUGUCAGGACUUGCGACGAAUGCGAUUGGAUACGAUCUUUCUCCCGAGUCCUCGUUUGCGCGCUCCAUGUCUGCUGAAGGAUAUGAUACAUGGAUUCUUGAGAUGAGAGGUGCAGGGUUGAGCACAUAUGGUAUGGACUUAGGGGCAGUGAAGCGGCCUCCCCAUGCCAUGUCCAAGCAGACAAUUUCUUCGAAUGGGACAUAUAAUUUGGUGUCUCAAUCGGAUGAAUUGCAACUAGUGAGAAACUUUAUGGAGACCUUUAUGCAAUUAUCUGAAAGAUUAUCAAGGUUUGCAGACUUCCAAGAACGUUUUUCUACUGCCUUAGAAGAUUUCCAGAAACAGCUCGACUUAAUUGUAAAGUGUGACUGGGACUUUGAUCACUACUUGGAAGAGGAUGUGCCUGUUGCGAUGGAGUAUAUAAGAACUCAAUGCAAACCAAGGGAUGGCAAGCUCCUUGCUGUUGGUCACUCGAUGGGCGGUAUCUUGCUAUAUGCAAUGCUCUCACGCUGCUCUUACCAAGGGCGAGAUUCUGGGUUGGCAUCAGUUGCUACUUUGGCAUCAUCGCUCGACUACACGCAGUCAAGAUCUUCGUGCAAGUUAUUUUUACCUCUGGCAGACCCAGCACAGGUUCUAAACGUUCCUGCCGUUCCACUUGGUCUAUUUGCCACUGCUGUGCAUAAUCUUGGUACUCGCACUCCAAUUUCGUCUUGGCUUAAGCUUCAAGUUUCUGCUCAAGGCAUGAUGCAGCCAGAUUUGUUCGAAAAGCUUGUUUUAAACAACUUUUGUACCGUGCCCGCUAAGGUUCUCUUGCAGCUAUCAACACUUUUUGCGGAUGGGGGUUUAUGUGACAGGAGUGGAACUUUCUUUUACAAGGAUCACCUUUGCAAAAGCAAUGUCCCAAUCUUAGCUCUUGGAGGCGAUCAAGACCUAAUAUGUCCUCUCGAAGCUGUUUAUGAAACAGUGAAGCUGAUUCCCGAAGAAAUGGUUACUUUCAAAGUUCUCGGAGAAGCCAGCGGUCCUCAUUUUGCUCACUAUGAUUUAGUAGGAGGUCGCUUGGCAGCAGAUACAGUAUAUCCGCACAUUUUCAAAUUUCUCAAUCGUCAUGACAGGACCUGAUUUCUUCAUUUUAGUUUCCCUCUGUGGCCCGAAACCCGUGAACCUUAAAGCCAUGCAACCAGAUGAAGAUAACCCCAGAAGGAAUUCAUAGCCGAUAAGCAUGGCGAGCGAGGUACCCUCCGAACAGGCCUUCACGUAUACGAGUAUGUUGUAGACGGAUCGUGUUACGAUUUACACAAAGUUGUAAAGGAAAAGAUGUAUAUGACAACAGAAACUUCAAAGUUCAGAAAGAUUGUAAGUUAUGAGUAAAUGUUAGAACUUAGAAUGCUUGCAAUUUGACCAUAAGAAUAUACUUGUAUUACAAAUGUAUCCUUUGGCAACGAGAACUUCUAAGCAAGCUUCCUUUCGAGGUCAUUUCUACUACAAGCGGUUUUGUUGGUUUUAU